GCCUGUCAACCAAUGAAUUGUCUCGUUUGAUGAAAGGGUGCGCUCAAUUCUACACAGCACUUUCUGUAUGUCAUGUGUUUUGUGUGUGUUAACUCCAAAUCUGAUCAAUUUUCGCCGGGUUUAAAGUAUUUUUAUUAGGAUAUAAAAAAGGAAUCGUCUUUCAUGUCACAAGGUGUCUUUUCUCUGUCCGACAUGGUGAUCCAGCAGCUCGAUCACGAGCCACCCUUGGUUCAAGCUGUGUUCUAUGGUGAUGCGGAUGAGGUGCGAGGUCUUGUGUAUAUGAAUGAAGAUGUUAACAGCACGGACAUGGAGCGUCGGACUCCGAUCCACGCAGCAGCCUUCCGAGGUGAAGCAGAGAUUGUUGACUUCUUAGCACAGAGUGGUGCAAGAGUUAACACUAAGGACAGUAGAUGGUUAACUCCUCUACACAGGGCUGUAGCAUCUAAGAGCCUGAGCACAGUAAAGAUGUUGUUGAAGCAUAGCGCAGACGUCAACGCUCGUGACAAGAACUGGCAGACACCACUUCAUGUAGCUGCAGCAAAUAACGCCAUUGAGAUUGCAGAUACACUCAUGAUGCAUCUUAGUACAGUGAACGUAACGGAUAGAGCUGGAAGGACUAGUUUACAUCAUGCUGCAUUCAAUGGCCAUGUUAAUAUGGUGAAACUUCUUGCAUCCAAAGGAGGAACCGUUAACGCUCAAGACAAGAAAGAACGACGUCCCCUUCACUAUGCUUCCUACAUGGGUCAUGUUGAUGUUGUCAAGUCGCUUCUUGAGAAUGAUGCAGAUAUUGGAUGUAGAGAUCGGAAUCAUUUCACUCCGCUUCACGGAGCAGCUGCAAGUGGUCAGGUCAGCGUUGUUAGAGUGCUUCUCGAUUUUGGUGCUAAGGCUGAUGUAGUGAAUGUCCAUGGGAACACACCACUCCAUGUUGCUUGCCUUAAUGGGAAUGAUCUGGUGCUCAGGGAAUUGAUCCAGCAUGGUGCAGAUGUCAAUGUACUCAACCAUAAAGGCCAGUCUCCUCUUCAUCUUGCUGCCGUUUCUCCUCAUGGUGGUAUGUGUCUUGAGAUUCUUCUAAGUGAAGGAGCAGAUGUCAACAUUCGAUGUAAAGAUGGUCGGAUGCCACUACACAUGAUUGCACUGCAGGGACGCUACACCAGAGCAGAGAGUCUUAUCGAACACAUAUCAGUCACCUACCAACCAAAAUCGCCCCAGUCUGCUAAACAUGUAACAGAAGUUUUAAUAGAGCAUGGUGCGACCGUUGACUGCGCUGAUAAGAAUGGCAACACACCCCUUCAUCUAGCUGCUCAAAAUGGACAUCAAGAACUCCUUGUCACUUUACUUAUGCAUGGAGCUGUACCUACAAGGCGUGGCAUCCAUGGAAUGUUACCUCUUCAUCUUGCUGCUCUUAAUGGAUACACGAUGUGCUGUAAGAAACUCCUUGAAGCAGCAGAGUGUGAUAUUAAUGCAUUGGAUGACAAUGGUAGAACAUGCGUCCACUGUGCAGCAUGCUCAGGAAAUGUGGACUGCUUGGAUCUUCUGAUCCGUAGCGGUGCCGACUUCAGUCUGACGGACAAAGAAGGUCGUACACCUUUACACUACGCAUCUGGGAACGCUAAUCAUCAGUGUACAUUGUCCCUGGUGGCUAUGAAGUCAAGUGUGAACUCUCUUGACACCAGAGAAUGCUCUCCGCUUCACUAUGCUGCAGCUGCUGAUAUGGAAGCAGAUUGUGUAGAGCAUUUACUUCAUAACAACGCUAAUCCAAGGCUCAGGGAUGUCAAUGGAUACAACACACUGCAUUACGCUGCAGCUAACGGACACUGUUUAGCUGCUGAAAAGCUCCAAGCCGUAGCUGCGAGUGAUCUUCUAAACACCAGUGGAUCAACACCUCUUACCACCCCUCUUCAUCUUGCGGCGUAUAACGGUCAUGUAGAUGUCCUUCAUGUUUUGAUGCGGUCAAUAGUCAAUCUGGACAUCCAGGAUGCAAACGGUCGUACAGCCCUUGACCUGGCUGCAUUCAAGGGUCAUUUAGAUUGUGUUGAAGCGCUAGUCAUGCAAGGAGCUACUAUUUUAGUUAAUGACUCUGUGUCAAAGAGAUCACCUUUACAUGCUGCUGCAUAUAACGGGCACGCAGAAUGCCUGAGAAUCCUUCUAGAGAAUGCUGACCAAGAGGGGGCAGUAGACUGCCUUGAUAAUCAAGCGCGUACACCGUUAAUGGUAGCUGUUAGUAACGGGCAUACCGAUGCUACUCUUCUGCUCCUACAACAUGGGGCUAGUCUAAGUGCUAAAGAUAUCCAUCAUAGAACUGCACUUCACCGCGGGGCUGCAAACGGUCAUGAGGAAUGUGUAGAUGCCCUUCUUCAAAGCCAAGCAAACACUUCCUGUUCAGAUGUCAAAGGUCGUACUCCCCUUCAUAUGGCAGCAGCGUGCGGCCAUGUUGGAAUACUGGGGGCGCUGUUACAGGCUGGAUGCACAAACUACCUAGAUAGUAAUGGGUAUACUCCGCUACACUGGGCUUGCUAUAACGGUCAUGAGCAUUGUGUAGAGUUGCUUCUUGAACAAGAUCCUAAGAUGUUCUUCAAAGGCAACUCCUUCACGCCUUUACACUGCGCUGUCCUUAAUGACAACGAAUCCUGUGCAGAGAUUCUGAUUGAGACACUAGGAGAUGAGAUUGUCAACAUUCAAGAUCGUAAAGGAAGGACCCCACUCCACGCCAGUGCUCUGAAUGAUCAGGUAGAAUGUCUUCAGCUGAUGUUAAAACACAGCGGGCAACCCAACAUUCCAGAUAAGUAUGGCAAGACUUGUGUCAUGGUGGCUGCUGAAAGUGGAGCUGCUGGAACUAUAGAACUCUUCUGUGCACCUUCAGAUUCCAUUGACGGAUCGUUGGAGUUGGUUGUUAGCAGCUCCGGUGCUGAUCUUAACGUCUUGGAUUCUCAGAAGAACACAGCCUUGCACCUUGCCUGUCAACAGAAACAUGAAGCCUGUGCGCUGAUGAUUCUAGAGAAGUUAGAGGAUGUUAGUAUUAUCAACAUGGCUAACAGUGACAACCAAACACCCCUUCAUAUAGCAGCACAGAAUGGUCUGGUUUCUGUGGUCCAAGAGUUGAUAUCCAAAGGAGCCAGUCUAUUAGCGUUAGAUAACAAAGGUUACACCCCUGCUCUUAGUUGCGCAGCAACUGACAAGAUUGCCGACUGUCUAGCGAUCAUCUUAGCUCACAUGUUGCCAUUCUCUCCAGCAAGCACAGCCACUAAUUCCCGCAUCGCUCUAGCUAUGAGCGGAGAGCUUGGCCGGUUACGGAAUGCAAGCCUAGAGUAUACAGAUGGGAAUAGGAGUAGAGGUGAAAGUAAUGCCGAUACAUCCGACUCUGAGACCUAUUAAGGAGCUUUUGAAAACACCUGCCCAAAGUAUAAAACACCUGCGAAGUUAAUUGGUUUCUAUACAAAGAAACUGUAGACCUCAAUGUCCCUUCACUAUGUAGCUCCCAAUAGGGAGAAACUAAUCAAGAUAUAGCAUGACUUAACAUUACAGUACCCUCCCUUUCACUUAGCCAAUUAUUUCAUUCGAAUUUUGCGCCAGUAAUCUGACAAAUAUGAAGGAUAUCAAAACCCGAGUAUCCACAAAUUAUGGUUUUUAGUAAGCAAGAUAACUUCCUCACAAGCCUCAAAAUUAACCAGCAUGAUCUUGUCUCUAAACAAAACAUCCUACAAAGUUUAGAAGCUUGGAGAAAUCUCCCCUUUUAGCGUAAAUAUUGCUUGCUGUUGGUCAUUAAUUACAAAAAGACUGACUCAAUUCUACUGAUGAUCACAUCAAGGUCUGUACGGCUGCUUAGCCAAAAUCCGAGCUUAGUAUUUUGUUUGCAUUCUUUCGUUUAGCAUGCUUAUAAAUGGUGGUUUUUGUUUGCUUAUUAGUACAAGGCACGAAGUACGCAGGGAAACUUUUCUGGUACAUGUCAACAUCUUUUCUUACCUAGCAUGCUAACUGGUAGACAGAUUGACAAACAAAAUGGCAGCCAAAUUAACUUUCUUUUUAUAUGAUGCCAUGUGGUCAUGAAAUUAACUUUCAGGUACAGCAUGUAAACAAUAAUGUUAUCUUUCUAUUUUCCUGAUUCAUCAAUUAAAAAUAUAUUUAAACGAUUUAUUAAUUGGACUUUUUUACGGAAGCGAUUUAAACUAGAAAAUAUUGGUGGUUUUUAAGCUCAUACUAAAUAAUUAACUAUGAGUGAGUUUUAUGUUUUUAUUUCAUGUCAGAGGUCAUAUGGUUCUGAAUUUCAAAAUGGGUUUACUGAUUUGAAUAAUUGAUCCACUAAGCUAAGAUCGCUCUAAUUAUUUGGUUUUAUUUAGGCGGAAAAUGUAAAUAUUUCAUCUUGAUGGUUUUAUUAUAUUAUGCCAAAUGGUUGAAUGGGAAAAGGAGAUUACAGAUGUAAUCGGCUCUUUUAUAUUUCAUGUAUUAUUUGAAAUAUUAAGAAAAUGUAAAAAAGGAAGAAUUAUUUUCUUAUGAUUGGACCAAAGUUAAUAUCUUAAUUAUUAUAAUCGCACACAAGCCAAGGCUUGUCUUGAAAAAGCAUUUUCAUCUUUUAUUUUUAUUUUUCGAAGGGAUAUGAGGUAUGUUGCUUUGUACAGUCACAGGGGAGGGGCGGGGCUUGAAUGUCAGAGGUUAAAUAGUUGAAGUAUCGGUAUUGGUUGUGAAUAUAGAAGUAAAACUCUGCAUUGAUGUCUUUCAUUAAUACACCACGUUUUAUUUCUACACAUUAAUAUAAUUCAGGAAUUAAAUACGACUGAAGCACAGUAAUUUUUUCUUUGAUGUAUUAUUAUGGCUCGUCCUCGAAGUCUUGUGUUUCUGUUCAGCAGAGUUGGUUCAAAACCCAGUUUUGACCCCUCUUAACCAUCAUUGUUUUGUCCCUCAGAUGGGACAUAAAGCCAUAGGUCUUGUGUACAAGUAUUGAUGGUGCAUGUAAAAGAACCGAGAACACUUAUUGUGGAAGAGUAUAAAUUUACCCCAGUGUUUCUGGUUCACGUAGUAAGCAGCCUUGUAUACAGGUUUCCUCAGGCUUGCAAGCCACAGUGAUCAAGUUCACUUACGAGCAUUGUGGUUUCAUUACUAGAAAUAGAUAAUUAUGAAAUUACAGCAUUCAUAAUUUACAUCAGGGAUUAAGAAUAAUUUGGUUUUACCCUUAGUGCUUCCUUGGUUUUUUGUGAGAAAAAAUCUCAAAAAUUCCUUACCUUGGACUUCUUCUUACAACCCGAAGAAUUGUUUGAUUUUUAAGAACCUGUACGCAAAGAAUUCUGCAGUCAGCAGAAUCAUAAAAUUUAACCCAGUUAUUACAAUUUAGUUAUUAUAAUUUUAAUUUUAUUUUUAUCCAUAGGUUUGUUUCAAAAAAUUUUCUAACUCAACCUGGCGCAAGUCAUGUCGCUGGUUAUCAUAGAUUUAUAUGUGGUAGCCCCGCUACAGUCAGCACUGUACAUGUCAUUGUAAGCACAGAAGUCAUUGGUAGGCUGUGCCAUAACACUAUGUCCUGAUGUUUUGUAAAUCUAUUUACUUUUACAAUCUACUAAAAACCCUUAAAUUAAAACUUUCAUAAAAUGUUUGAAAAUUAAUGGUUAGCAGGAAUUUGUGUGAUAUUUUUCAGGGGACGUAACAGUACCCCCCCCCCCCUCCACAACCCACCCUCAUUAUUUUAACAUUGUAAUCAAGUAACAAAAAGCCUUGUCAUUUUUAUUUUGUUUUCUGUGUUUUUAAAUUCUUCUGACAAAUUUGAAUAUAUUGUAAGUUGUUAAUUUAUGCAAAAGCUAGAUUAAUGAUGGUUUUGGACAAGUGUAUUUUCUUUUUUAAAGUUCAGCAACACUUCCCAUAGUAGCCUCACUGUAUUGAGUAGUCUUCGUUCAAGACUCUCCUGUUAUAAAUUCAUCACCAUGAUCCAUCACCACAAGAGGGCACACUCUCACCAAAGACCGCUAUCAUGCAAGUUCGCUUUCCUGUCAUAGCAGUUUUCGGGUGAUAGCGGUUCGUGGUUGAUAGAGCCAUCUAUUGGUGACUCUAUCAGUUUGGAAUUUAAAGGCAUGUACACUUUGGGUAAUGUAUUGGCAUAAAACCUUACUUGGUAACGAGCAACGGAGACCUGUUGAUAGUAUAAAACAUUGUGAGAGACUCCCU